AUGUCAAUGUUAAAAGUAACAAUAAAAAAUAAAGAAGUUGAAAUUGCUAAUGAAGAAUAUCAAUAUGAAAAUAUAGUUUAAUUAAUGGAUAAAUUGAAGAAUGCACAUGGAGUAGUAUAGAAUAAGAUAAAAGAAAUAAGUAUUAGAAAUGAGAUUAUUAAAUAGUAGAUACUUUGGGAGCAGAAGGUGUAAAGAAGGUCAAAAAGAAUCCAAAAGAAGAAGAAUAAGAAGAGAAUGAUGAUAAAGGUGAUGAUGUUAAUGAUUGUGAUUAAGACAAUGAAUGA